UUGCACUUCCUGUCUGUCACCGCGACUUCCGCAGAUGGAUUGGCUUUUGUUGUGUAGUGACUGAAAGGGCGUGCGUUCAUGCACGAGCACUUCAAACCGCACUCGUCAGGAAAAGGAGUGUCGGCGCAUAAAGCAACACCAACAAUCCGCAAAGAGUCAAACAUCCAAGUCUGCUUCAGACAUCUCUGACAUCCUACCUGACAUCCUAGAGGUUGCAAGUCCAUACUCAGAAUGAGUUGUACGGAGCAAGGCGAUGCUGCAAAGUUUCUCAAGAGUUUUCUGGAGGAGUUUCCAAACCCACUUGGCACAGAGGACCCGCUUCCUGUUAGUCCACUUAGCCGCAAAGUCUCUCUGCAGGAGGUGAAGGGAGAGAGUCUGGAUCUUGGCUUCCGCCUGCUCUUAGCCAGAAAUGCCCCAUCCUGGCUGAGUGCAGCGAUGUGCAAUGCUGCUGUCACUGAAUUGCUUAAAGAUGACCUUACACUUUACUACUGCCCCAAAGAUCCUGAACAGCAACCAGAGGAUGAACAGGGAGUUGUUUUGUUGCAGUCUGAGCCACUGCAGCGCCUCUUUAUAAAUAAAUUGAGAGAGGUGGGUGUGGCCUGGCAGAAACAGCUGCCCAAUCCUGGUUCUUCCUCUUCAAGGACACACAGCUGCUCUAUUCAUGCCAUUCGAAACACUCGCAGGAAGAUGGAGGAUCGUCACAUGAUCUUGAAAGAGUUUAACCAGCUUCUGGGAUUGAAGGAUGGUGUGGAUCGAGAGUAUUACGCAGUGUUUGAUGGACAUGGAGGGGUGGAUGCUGCCACAUAUGCUGCCACUCACUUGCAUAUCAUACUAAGCCGGCAGGAGGCGCUAAAAAGCGAUGCUGCCGCAGCCUUCAAAAGCAGCUUCACACAAACAGAUGACAUGUUCAAGAUCAAAGCCAAAAGAGAGCGUCUGCGCAGCGGCAGCACUGGUGUGGCCGUCUUACUGACCUCUGAUCGCCUGACCGUCUCCUGGCUGGGCGACUCUCAAGCUAUGCUGGUUCGACAGGGAGAACCAGUGACCCUAAUGGACCCACACAAACCGGAGAGAGAGGAUGAGAAGAAAAGGAUUGAGGAUCUGGGUGGAUGCAUCGCUUUCAUGGGUUGUUGGCGGGUAAAUGGUACCUACGCCGUUUCCAGAGCAAUAGGUGAUUUUGAUCAGAAGCCAUACGUCUCAAAUGAAGCUGACAGCUCAUCGGUCCAGCUGAACGGGGAUGAAGACUACAUCCUCCUUGCCUGUGACGGCUUCUUUGACGUAGUCCGGCCUGGUGACGUCCCAGGCCUAGUUCAGGAAGCUCUGAGGGAGGGCGGAGGCUCGGGGGAGGACGUGGCCCAGAGUCUGGUGGCCCAGGCAAAAGCUGCUGGAUCCAGUGAUAACAUCACAGUUCUUCUGGUGUUCCUGAAGGAGCCGAAGCAACUUUUGACCCAUGAGACGAGCUCCAGAACAGAGGAAGGAGGAGCUAUGGCUGCAGCCACUGUGGUCUGAAAGGGGCUAAUGGAAAGAAAUUGUACAUGAUAGAACUCAUUAGCAGCUGAUGGUCUUUUCACCAUCUCGAAUGAGUUGUUGAAUUUGAAAAAACAUACGAUUGUUGAGGUCAUCCAAAACGAGUCCAUUCAUGCAUUCAAAAGAAAGCAUUGAACGCCAGUAAAAAGGCGUUUCCUUGUUUUUUUUCCACAAGAAUGUCUGAUCCUUGGUCAUUUAUUAACUCUCUUUAUUGCUAAGUCUGAACUUGCCUUACAAGAUGUUUCCAUCUUUUAACUAUUUGCCUUGUUUUUACCAGCUUAUAUUUACAUUUACUGGUGCUUAAUAUCUCAUAAACUAUGUAAUACCUUUGAGACAUGUGUAAAGGAAAUGCGAUCAGAUCAUUUUUGAUAGUUGCGCUCCCUAUUUGAUACGACUGUUACAAGGAAGAGAAAACUAAUGUGAAAAGUCUUAACAGAUACAGUAUUGCAUUGCGUUUCGGACCACACUGGCUUCAAUAAUGAAAAAAUCGCCCGUAAGGCCUUCAGUUCUGUCAGCAGAUGUACUUAUCCAGUGUUGUAGGUGGUUAGUAUUUUUAAGACUGUUAUUUAUUUGAAAAAAUAUAUAUUUAUGGCUGUAUUGUACUGUGCAAACACGCUCUUUCAUGUGCCAAAAGUGUUUUUACGAGUCUGACUUUGCCAAGAUCACUCUCUGUUGCUGAACGAUACUGUAGUUUUUUCGAAAUGUACAGUAAACUUUUAUUUAUGCAUAUCAUUUCCUUAUUCGUUUUGUUGCAGUGCCUUUUUACCGUAAAUAUCAGUGUUAAUACUGGCGUCUGCGUGUUGGUGUUGUAUUAUCAUAGCCAGACUUUGCAAACCGCACGUCCUGCAUGCUGCAGGUCGUCUCAUAUUACAGCCGCUCAAUAUUUUGAAAGCCUCGUGACGAGUAGCUGAUAUAGUAGCACAGUCACUAUAAUGUGAUAAGGCCAAGAAUAUCGCUAACCUAAUGGAUAUCAUAUGAUGAAGGUGAAGACGGAGUGUUAUGUUGAUGUGGUGUUUUUAUGGGGAAAAUGUCUGGUUUGUCCCUGGUAGGUUCAGUCCUAUACAUUCAAGAGUGCUUGAGAUUACCUUACAAAGCACGUUAUUGAGUAUAUUUAAAGUUUUCCACAAUAUACAGUGGCAUCCUACAGUCUGAGACCACAAUGAAAAUCUGGGAUUUCAAACAUUUACAUUACAAUUAAAAAAUUUGAGUUUGGAAAGAUUUUUUUUUUAUGUUUUUGAAAGAAUUAUCUUGCUCACCAAGGAUGCUUUUGUUUGAUCAAAAAUACAGUAAAAGAGUAAUAUUGUGAAAUAUUAUUAUAAUUUAAAAUAAUUGUUUUCUAUUUUAAUAUAUUUUAAAAUGUAAUUUAUUCCUAUGAUGCAAAGAAUUUCCAGCAUCAUUACUCCAGUCUUCAGUGUCACAUGAUCCUUCAGAAAUCAUUCUAAUAUGCUGAUUUAUCGAUUUUAAAAACAGUUGUGCUGCUUAUUAUUUGUGGAAACCAUGAUACAUUUUUUUCAUUUUAAAAGAACGGCAUUUAUAUGAAAUUAUUGAAUAUUUUAAUAUUGUAAAAUUCUUGACUGAUGCUUUUGAUCAAUUUAAUGCAUCCUUGCUGAAUACAAAUAUUAUUUUUUUAAAACCAUAAAAUAAAAAAAUCUCACACCCCAAAUAUGUAUUAAUUUUUUACUUUUUUUUUUUUUUUUUUUUUUUUUUAAGAAUUUUAAAUUCUCAGACUUUUGGACCUCUAAAUAUGGUGUUACUUCCCCAGUAUUGACAAAAAAAUGUAUCGCUCUUCCAUUUUAUAUACGGGAUGGUAAUUAUGUAAUAUGUAUUUUGUUUGUUUCCCCCUUUGUAUGUUUUGUAAUUGUCAGUGACUGUAAAAGCCAAAAAUCUAUGCACAGAAUCAGCACUGAGUUCAUUAAUAGGAAAUGGGAUGUGCCAUUGAUGGGAAUUUUAAGACAUCACAGUGGUUAAUUUUAGUUUUCCCCUAUGUUAAAUGCGCAAUGCCUUAUUUUUGCUCAUAAUGUCUUCGUUCUGUCAUCAUUUACUCAGCCUAAUGUCGUUCCAAACCUGAAUGACUUUCUUUUUUUCUGUGGCACACAAAAGAAGAUAUUUUGAAAAAUGUUGUUUUGGACCCCAUUGACUUUCAUUGCAUGGGCAGUUGAAACAUUCUUCAUAAUAUCUAGUCAAUGAUAUCAGAAUUUCCAAAUAUUCCUUAUACGUUCCUGUACGUUCACAGUUGUGCCAAAUGAAACUGUUCAUUCAAAAUGUGUUUUGCUUCUGACCUCUAAUGCAUUUGCUGUACUAAGUAUUAUUAUUAAUGUUGAAUUUUUAAAGGGUUUGAGGACUUGAGGACUACUUGUGUUUUUGUCUAGUAGAAAGGAAAGAUAAAGAAAUCUUGAACGUAUGCAUCAGUAGAUUUUGUGCUGGUGUGCAAUUUUAUACAGACUGUUUGCCUGCAUUUUUUUUUCACAGGACAUUUUGUAAUUGUUGCUGUUUGUAUUACUAAAAACUGAACAUAGGGAACACAUGGAUUUGUAUCAGCUCUCACAGUACAUGAUAAAGUGCCUUAUCUCAAUGUACUUUUUCCAGAAUCUGCUUUUUGUACAGUCAACUUAACUGAUAAACCUAAGGGAUCUGACUGUUUUUGGACCUAACUUUGUCUCCUUACUACUGAUGUAUACAAGUAAUGUUUCGUGAAGUUUUAAUACCAAUUCCACACUGAGUAUACAGUACUACAGUGAAUCAUGUACCUAAACGUUCUCGCAUGUUGUAAUGUUAAUGUCAGCGACUUAUUUUAUGUCUGUUAAAACAUAAUAUUGAAUGUGUGUGCUCCAGUUCUGGGAAGCAUUUCUUACGCAUCUUUUCAUGGACUUGGAACCAAUUAUACAAACAUUGGGCUUUAAUCUUGCAUAAUGUGAAUAAAGUACUUUUCACAUCA